CCCUCCCGCCGUUUAUUUUGUAAAAUUCUCUCUCCUCGCGCCGCCUCCCCAACUAACCUUCCUCUUGCGGCGGCGGCGGCGGCGCCACUGCCGGAGAAGAAACCCGACCGCGCCUCGCCUCGCCGAGCGGCGAAGCGGCAUAGGGCGGUAGCGGCGGCACAUGGAGGGGGUGAACGGCGGGGCGGUGGAGGAGGAGAGGAAGCCGCUGUCGGAGGUGGUGGGCGACUGCGUGCAGCGCUGGUUCCAGGACGCGCUCAAGGAGGCCCGCCGCGGCGACUCCGCCAUGCAGGUGCUCGUCGCGCAGAUGUACCACUCCGGCUACGGCAUCCCCAAGAACGAGCACAAGGGAAGAGCGUGGGCUGAGAAGGCAUCUAGAUACAGGCCUUCAGUCUGGAAAGUUGGCACAAAGCGUCCGGGAUAUAAUGCCAGUGACUCAGAUUCUGAUGAAAUGAAUGAUGAUGAGAAGCAAUAACAAUGAAAGAAUCAAUUGUGAGUUUAGAUAGAAGAAUGGCAGGGUAAUGAUAAAUCUGGUUGUCAAACCCUCGUCAAUUUUACCAAUUUGUGUGAGAUUGGGGCUUCUUUCGGCUGGAGUCUGCCAUGUGAGCUAUCAAGUAAAUUUUGUAAAACCGUUUGGAUACUUGGAACACACAAUGUAUUCAAUAUUGCCCCAAAAACAGAGGGAAAAAUGUCAAUUUAGUGGUGCUUGGUGCUUACAGGUUCAUUAUUUCAAACUUAGCUAGUUUGAGUCCAUUUUAUGGGUUCUUGCUUGCAUAUGCUUCAGGUUCCCCAUGGUGAACAGUCUUGUAUUGGUUUAUGGGCUAAAUGGUUGUCUGCCGAGUUACAACAUUCUUUCUUUUCCUCACUGGGUGUUGGAUUAUUUGCAUUUAUUAUUUUUUGCAAAAUUCAGCUCGAAUCAA